GAGAUGCCUCGCUCCUUCCUGGUGAAGAGCAAGAGAGCUCACAGCUACCACCAGCCCCGCUCCGUGCUGGACGACCACAGCCGGCUGGACUCGCUGCUGGCGCACAUCUGCUCAGAGGCGGAUCAACUCCCCGGUGACACCGACCUGACGGUGGACAGGUACGGGCUCUCUCCGGAUUCUCCUCUGGCCGACUACUGCCCCAGGUCCCCGCUGAGCUGCCCCGGCAGUCCGUGUGCUCCGUCCCCGGACUACGAGGACAUCUGGAGGCCUCCGUCUCCCUCUGCAUCGCCAGCCGACUCGGACAAAUCUCUGUCCCCCCUGGUGGACGAGACCCAGCCCUUCACCGUGCCCUUUCGGCCGUACGCCUGGACCAGCUACCAGGGGCCCGGGCUGAGGCCCCUGGUGCCGCAGGGUCUCCACCGCCACCCCGGCCCCAUGGAGCCGGACCGGGGCGCGGCGGCGGUCGCCUUCUACGGGGACCACGGUGCGCACUCGGCCCUGUACUCGGAGCGGGUCCUGGGCGAGGAGGCGUACGAUGAGUACCGGAGACACGCCGCCGCCCUGCUGUUUCCUGACGGAGGCCUGCAGGGGAAAGCGCACGGUGCCAAGGCCGCGUCGGAGCUGCUGUGUCCCAGCCUCGUCCUGACCGGGGCCUACAAGUGCAUCAAGUGCAGUAAGGUGUUUUCCACUCCACACGGGUUAGAAGUCCACGUCCGGAGGUCGCACAGCGGCACCAGGCCCUUUGCGUGCGACCUGUGCGGAAAAACCUUCGGCCACGCAGUGAGCCUGGAGCAGCACAAGGCCGUGCACUCGCAGGAGAGAAGCUUCGACUGCAAGAUCUGCGGUAAGAGCUUCAAGAGGUCGUCCACUCUGUCCACACACCUGCUCAUCCACACGGACACGCGGCCCUACCCGUGUCAGUACUGCGGCAAGCGGUUCCACCAGAAGUCCGACAUGAAGAAGCACACGUUCAUCCACACAGGCGAGAAACCCCACAAAUGUCAGGUGUGUGGGAAAGCGUUCAGCCAGAGCUCCAACCUCAUCACGCACAGCAGGAAACACACCGGCUACAAACCCUUCGGCUGCGACCUGUGCGGCAAAGGCUUCCAGAGGAAGGUGGAUCUGAGGAGACACAAGGAGACGCAGCACGGACUGAAGUGAAGGAGACACCGUGUCCUCUCAUGGUCUGACCACACACAGACGGACAUUUUACGCAGAGAGACAUUUUACGCAAAGACAUUUCAAUCCCAAAUCGCCCUGUUUGAGGACAUUGCUUGGAUUAAGGAUCCCGCGGAUCCUCUAUUUAAAAAAACUUAAAUGUGAAAAAUGCAUUGAGAAUAUAUUUAAUAUUUGUUUCUAUUUAUUCUAUCAAAGAAAAGAUAAAAUAGACAAACGGGGUUUUCUUUGUGAAGACAUGUGAGCAACACUAAACUCCAGGCUGCUGUCAGGCCCAAAGAAAAGCUGUGACUGUGACAUGAUGAAUAAAAACCCAUGAGUAUGAUCAUGUUUGAUAUGGGAAUCAUAUUAAGUCUUCACACCUUAAUGAAGACACCAAGAAGAGAAGAGAUGAAAUCUGCGCUUUUCCAAAGCACAGAGGAUUUUUUCUCGCUUGGGACACAUGCGGGCAAAACAGCCUCCUCACACAUGUGCGAUUUUAUAAACAAGAGAGUU